GUAGUGGUGAGAGCCCGGCGGAGCGCUGCGGAGCUGAAAUGAAGCGCGCACGCACGUCGGCGGCUCACACCGCGCAGCGCCGUGCGGCUCAGGAAGAGGCUCCGCGCCGCCGAAGCUGAAGGCUGCUCCCGCCGAAUGAAAGGGCUCCGUCCAUGCGGAGGCUCGCGCUCACCUUGCUGCCCUGCGCCGUCGCCGUCCUGCUGCACUUGUGGUUGGCGGAGCGACCCUCCCACGCGCCGCCGGACGACAACACACACUCGGAUGCGUGACAUACUUUACCCUCACCCACAUCACGACCUGUCACGUCUUACCAUUCCAACGUGUUCUGGUGGGGUUUCUGUGUCCGAUGCAGAUGAAUCGGUGCCUUCCUAUGAAGUUCUGGUGGGGGUGCUGUCAGCGAGACAUCAUUAUGACCUGAGACGAGCCAUAAGGAAGACCUGGCUCGGCUACCUGCGAGAUCACCCUCACUUCAAGCACAGAGUGGCGGUGAAGUUCAUCGUGGGGAAACAUGGGUGUCCCAUUCCAGAGGAGGACAGAGAGGACCCCUACUCCUGCUCCCUCCUGAACCUCACGCAGACAGUGUCAGGACGGCAUGCGGAGAUCGAGAUCGUGAGGGUGCCCGACCCCUCGCUGCUCGCCCCCUCUGACGUGUCGGCCGUCGCCUUGGAUUUCAAGGUCCUCCACCCGGUGGUGAUCACCCGGCUCGGGGUGUUCCACAGCGGGGCCCGGCCGGAGCUCCAGAGCAAUGUGACGGUGAAGCUCCUCCAGCUGGACCAGGAGGAGGCGGUGGUGACUGCUCGCUUCAGUGCCAUCAGCACGGGGACCAUGGAGAGCGGCCUGUGGUACAAACCGGUGGAGCAGUUCAUCUUGCCCAAGGGCUUUGAGGGAACGCUGGUUUGGGAGAAUAUGGCCUCUGCUGGAUUGACAACGGUCAACUCGUCUGUGCAGCUCAACGAUGGAGGAGGUGUCCUCAAGAUCUCAUCUAUUGCAGAGGGCUUACUGCCUCAUAGAAGUGCACUUGGGUUUCCCGGAUUGGCUGGAGGCUUCACAUUUACCAUCUAUGAUGAAGACGGCCUGUCGGGGCUCCUGCGGGGCCGCCCGGCCAGGAUGGAGCGCCACGCCUCCGGCCUGAGGCAGGAGGACGCCGCCCUGCAGCAGGAGAGCCUGCGGCACGGCGACAUGGUGUUGGUGGACGUGGUCGACACCUACAGGAGCGUGCCUUCCAAACUGCUUCAGUUCUAUAAAUGGUCUGUGAGAAACGCUGACUUCAAUCUGCUGCUGAAGACGGAUGAUGAUUGUUACAUCGACGUGGACUCUGUGUUAACGAAGAUUGACCAGAAGGGUCUCAAGCGCAGCAAUUUCUGGUGGGGGAAUUUCCGACAGAGCUGGGCAGUGGACCGCAUUGGGAAGUGGCAGGAGCUGGAGUACGCCAGUCCCGCCUACCCGGCGUUCGCCUGCGGCUCCGGCUACGUGGUCUCUCGUGACCUGGUCCAGUGGCUCGCCAGCAACGCGGACGAACUGAAGGCCUACCAGGGAGAAGACGUGAGCAUGGGGAUAUGGAUGGCUGCUGUCGGACCACAGAAAUAUCAGGACCCCGGCUGGCUGUGUGAGAAAGAGUGCUACGUGGACAUGCUGUCGUCCCCCCAGCACACCGCCGAGGAGCUGCACGUCCUCUGGGACAGGAAGAGGGCCUGCGGAGACCCCUGUGGGUGUCCCUGGGGACACUGAGUUUGGGUCCGAUUCGCCGCGCGGCGCUGUGGGUAAAAUGCGCUCUGUGGUCUCCUUGCAAGCCCAAACUGAGAACAAUUUUAUGAUAAAACAAUUGGAGGAAUGUGGGGAAAAUAACAUUUUAGGUUUAAUAUUCACAAAGUAGUAUUGAAUACCAACAUGAAAACAUUUGCAGCUUUAGAUUUCAUUACUUGCUUGUAACCGUAGCGUCGUGUCAGCAUUUGUUUCAUGAAGUUCUUAUAUUUGAGAUUCAAAAUGUCUUCAAUGGAACAGAGAAAAUGUGGAUGAAGAUGCUUUAGUUUCGUGACGAGGACAACAACCACAUUGUGAUCACAUCAUGUAAGAGUCACUGCGGUAAAACGUAAGAAGUCUAAUAUAUUAUGGACUGCUGUGCAUUGCUAUGUUUCGUAUGUGAUUGUCCAAAGCUUUUCACACUUCACGAUAAUGUCUCACAAACACACACACACACACACACACACAGUGUGUCGUGUAACUGUCAUUGUGCAAAUAGUGACCUGGCCUUACUGUGUUUGUUAGGCGUCAUCCUGUAUGUAUGGCAACACUUCUUGUGAUCUCAACACAGAUUUGAAAUAAAAUGUUUGCGACAGCGUAUUUUGGAGCUCGAGCGAGCGGCCGUGAGAAGAGGCACUUGUUUAUUGCUGGUUCUAUAAAACCCUCCUCGCAGGUAAUAAAGUACACUUAAGGGAGA